AAACAGCUGUAUUUGUGACAUAAAUGUUCGCUGUACGUUUUUUGUAUAGAAUUACAUUUGCAUCUCGAAGCACAAAUAGGAAAGGAUAUAAUGCAAUCUCUUUUUUCAAGAAUAAAUACUCGUCCUUCACUGGGCUUGAUGCAACGUCUUUAUAGCACUGGCGGCGAAAAGCCGAAAAACAUUCCCAAAAAUGUCUUGGAGGGCUCACAGACAGCUCACCUUCAAGCUGAAAAUGGUGUUGUGUUCGAUAAAAAGCCUUUCAAAAUUCAUUUAGAUCAAGAUAAGGUAUAUAGCUGGUGCCUAUGUGGCAAAUCAAAGCUGCAGCCCAUUUGUGAUGGUACACACAAAGAUGAAUUCUUGAAAAUCAAACUGCGACCAAUUCGUUUCAAAGUUGAAAAAACUGGAGAUUAUUGGCUAUGCAAUUGCAAACACACUAAACAUCGGCCUUUCUGUGAUGGUACUCAUAAACAAAAACAUAUUCAAGAGGCUGUUAAGUAAUUAAGAAAAAUGUUCUUUUAUCGCAAUACUCUAUUCAAUUGUUACAAGAAUUAAAGGGAAUUAUUUGAAAUAAAACAAAAAAAAGACAAA